CUCUCCUUCAUCCCACCCCAUUUCCUCCCUUUCAGCCGUCAAACCAAAAAUGGGUCGAGUCAUCAGAGCACAACGUAAGGGUGCCGGAUCCGUCUUCAAAUCCCACACCCACCACCGAAAAGGCCCAGCCCGUUUCCGUUCGCUCGACUUCGGUGAACGCAACGGGUACCUAAAAGGUGUCAUAACCGAAAUCAUUCAUGACCCAGGUCGUGGUGCGCCGUUAGCCCGUGUUACUUUCCGUCAUCCGUUCCGUUAUAAGCAUCAGAAAGAGCUGUUUGUGGCGGCUGAAGGGAUGUAUACAGGGCAGUUUGUGUUUUGUGGGAAGAAAGCGAAUUUAAUGGUGGGGAAUGUUUUGCCGUUGAGAAGUAUCCCAGAAGGAGCGGUUGUUUGUAAUGUGGAACAUCAUGUUGGUGACAGAGGAUCUUUUGCUAGAGCUUCUGGUGAUUAUGCUAUUGUUAUUAGUCACAAUCCUGAUAAUGGCACUUCAAGAGUGAAGCUUCCAUCUGGAGCCAAGAAGAUUGUUCCCAGCGGAUGCCGUGCUAUGAUUGGACAAGUUGCAGGUGGAGGACGUACUGAGAAGCCAAUGCUUAAGGCCGGUAACGCAUAUCACAAGUUCCGUGUCAAGAGAAACUGCUGGCCUAAGGUUCGUGGUGUUGCUAUGAAUCCAGUUGAGCAUCCCCAUGGUGGUGGUAACCAUCAACAUAUUGGUCACGCUAGUACUGUUCGUCGUGAUGCACCACCCGGUCAAAAGGUUGGUCUCAUUGCUGCUAGGAGGACUGGUCGUCUCAGGGGUCAAGCUGCUGCCACUGCUGCCAAGGCUGAUAAGUAAUAAAUUGUUGCUAAUGGAUGUUGGAUUUAGUAUUGCUACCUUUACGUCUGUUGGUUCUAUUAGUUUUUUCCAGUUUAUUUCCGACUUUUAUGUUGAACAUCAUACAUUUUAUCUUGUCUGGAAGUUUUGCAGUAAUGAGUAUGAUAUAUUAUCUUGGACA